AUAUAUAUAUAAAAUCAUAUUGUAAUGUAGGCUACUUCACAUAUUUCUCUUUUCCUCUAAAUCUACAGUGUAGAUGUCUGAACAUCAUGUAGGAGCAGUGACUCCUCCUCUCUUUGCUGUUUUUUUAAAACUACCUCUUUCAUUGAGGCAUUUCAUUUUACGAACACACACUGGUCCACUUUAAAUUAAAAAAAGGUUCCCUCAUCCCCAAUAAACACAGAAUCAAAAGAUUUAUUUUUUUUGUAAUAGAAUGAUUAUAUUGAAUAAUAAUCAGCAGAUUUAUCAUUGUUUCUACCCAGUUUCUAUGUGCUUACAGAUAAUCUUGAAAAACUGAUAAAAUGAUGACAGCUGAGGUGUUGAUGUGUUGUUCACAUUUGUGUACAAGGGAUUUAUCCUUGAUAACUCCCUUGUGAGGCAGUGGUUAAGACCAUGCGAAUCUAAAGAUGAGCUUUAAGAUAACACCUAAUACUCCAGAGAGCUGCGUGCUGUUCAGAGUCAUGUCUAUAAAGCCUUUAAUCCCCAUGAAUCUUUUACUAGGUUUUCAAGGCCAGCACUGACAUAACUGGCUAAAGAUGAGUGCUUUGUGCGUAUGUACAAUGUUGUGCAUAUGUACAAUGUUUUUUCUCCUUUGAAGCGAUUGACUGCUAUAUAUAUGUGUUCUAUGUGUUUUCAUUUUAAUUUAAGGUCAAAACAUUCUAAGUUGUUUUUCUGAGUGCAAAUUAUAUGACGUGAAAUUUAUAUGGAGUUCUUUGGAGAAGGAGGUUAGAGUUUGUUGAUUAUAACAGAAAUGUAACAUUUAAUGCUAUGUCUUCUUUUUAUAUAUUUUCUAUUAUGUCCUUUGAGGUACGUAAAUAUUGUCUUGCUCAUUAGCAAAUAAGCGAUGAUUGACUUCUCAAUUUUAUAGUGUGAAAAAGCUACAAAAUGUACAACCAAUAUAACACAUCCUCUUUUUUACAGAUGAAAGGCUUUAAUCUCUCUUCUGAGAGUGUUAUUCCUGCAUUUCUUUUUGCAACUCUGAGUUACAUGAUCAUACUAUUUUGCAACCUUACUCUGAUCCUCACCAUUGUGCUGAAUAAAUCCCUGCAUCAGCCAAUGUACCUAAUUCUGCUGAAUCUUCCUAUUAAUGACCUUAUAGGUUCAUCGGCUCUCUUUCCACAGCUCAUCAAAGAAAUACUGAGAAACAGUGGGAUAAUGCAAUACUCAGCUUGUGUUGCUCAAGCUUUCUUUAUCCAUAUAUAUGCAGCAGGCACUGUGUUCAAUCUGAGUGCAAUGGCAUAUGAUAGAUACAUUGCCAUAUGUUACCCACUGCAGUACAGUACUGUGAUGACUAAUGCCCAUAUCAUGAGAAUAAUCACCAUUGUAUGGAUGAGUUGUUUAGUUUUAAUUGCUGUGCUUUUUUUCUUACUUUUGCGUUUGCCUCGUUGUCGAUCUGAAAUGACAAACCCCUAUUGUGAUAAUGCAUCUCUGUUGACUUUGGUCUGUGCUGACACAACUAUUAACAAUAUCUAUGGGCUUUUGAUAAGUGCGUUUUCACAAUUGGUGGCUAAUGGAAUUGUUUUGUAUACAUAUCUCCGGAUCCUCAUAGCAUGCUUUAGAUCUAAACGAUCAGAUACAAAAGCCAAAGCUCUGCAGACAUGUGCUACACAUCUGAUUGUUUUUCUCUUGUUGGAGUGUCUUGGUCUUUUCACUAUCAUAUCAUAUAGACUAAGUAAUGUUUCACCCCAUUUCAGAAGAUUUAUGGGUUUGUCAACUUUAAUUUUCCCCCCAACACUGAAUCCAAUCAUCUAUGGUUUGAAAACAAAGGAAAUUCGAGAAAAGGUGUUGAACUUUUUAAAGAAUAGGAUGUUUUCAUCUUAAUGCACUCUUUCAAAAGAAUCUGAUGUAGCAUGCUGAAACAUUUUAAAUGUUUUAUUUUCCCUUAUUUAUCCUGCUGUCUGACAUUAAUUCAGUCACUCUGUUGAGUCUUUUAAAAAAUUGCUGAUUAAGUUUUCUGAUGACAGAUAUUGUAAUGCUUUUUUUUAAAAAGAAUGUAGGUUAUUACUUUAUUUUUUACUUAUUGCUUGUCAUUAUAUUCUUUUGCAUAAAAAGUAAAUGGAAACUGCCAAUUACA